ACUUAAUGAGGCCUAUGCUCAAACAGUGGGCAUACAACCACAGUCAUCUUGCAUUCUGGAUACCCGUGAAGAAGACUCAGAGGAAUGAAAGUUUGAAGCCACACUUCACAGAUCUUCUGCCGCUUCAGUAUGAAAAGUUUGUGAAAGUUUGUGAAGUCGACGACGCGCUCAGAGAAGAGAUGGAGGAACCAGAAGUUACAGAUGAGGGUUUCUGUGCAGGCUGUGGGGGAACAGUCCAGGACUCCUUCCACAUUAAAGUCCUCCAGGACACCUGGCACAACGCCUGCUUUCAGUGUUCUGUGUGCUGCGAUCACCUGACCAACUGGUACUAUGAGAAGGACGGCAAGUUGUACUGCCGCAAACACUACUGGGAGAAGUUUGGCGAGCUGUGUCACGGCUGCUCUCUGCUCAUGACUGGACCUGCCAUGGUGGCCGGAGAACACAAGUAUCACCCUGAGUGCUUUGUGUGCCUGAGCUGCAAGGUGGUGAUUGAAGACAGGGAUACCUACGCCUUAGUGGAGCGAUCGAAACUCUACUGUGGGAAGUGCUACAAGCAGGUGAUUCUUACGCCCAUGUUGGAAAAGCGCUUGCACGACUCGGUCUUGGACUCUUACCCUCACACGGUAACUCUCAUCUCGAUGCCCUCUGCAGCCAACGGCAAGAGGGGCCUCUCCGUCUCGGUGUUGAGGGACGUCAACGGCUCAGCUACCGUUCAAGUGAAAGAAGUCAGAGGGAUGCUUAUUAGUCCGGAGGUGAGAAACGCCAUCCAUGUCGGGGACAGGAUCCUGGAGAUUAAUGGCCUUCCAGUUGGGACACUUAUGGAAGAGGAGGUGGAUGAUCUUAUUCACCGCACCAGCCACACUCUACAGCUGCUGAUAGAGUAUGACCCCGUCAGGCAGCGUCUGGACCGGCUCCGGCUAGGAUCCCCAAGAAGCCGUCUAGGAGUCCCAGCAACCUCCCGCAUGCGUCUGUCCUCACCUUCUGAUGCAGUCCUGGAGAGGACUGAUGUAGUUGAUGAGGGCAUACUGAAAAGAAGGUCUUUGAGGCGCAGUAACAGCAUCUGUAAGUCACCAGGGCCUAAUUCUCCCAAAGAGAUGCCUUUUAGCACACAAGUUGGGCGCUCUGAAUCUUUGAGGUCCUCCAGUAGCUGCUCUCAUCGUAUUUUCCGACCAUGUGACCUCAUCCAUGGAGAGAUCUUAGGAAAAGGCUUCUUUGGACAGGCUAUCAAGGUGACUCAUAAAGCCACAGGAGAGGUGAUGGUAAUGAAGGAGCUGAUCCGGUGUGAUGAGGAGACACAGAAAACGUUCCUAAAGGAGGUCAAAGUGAUGCGAAGCCUUGAUCAUCCCCAUGUUUUGAGGUUCAUUGGUGUGCUAUACAAGGACAAGAAGCUUAAUCUGAUAACCGAGUUUAUCGAGGGAGGCACUCUGAAGGAUUUCAUCAGAGACACGGACCCGUUUCCAUGGGAGCAAAGGGUGAGCUUUGCAAAGAGCAUCGCUUCUGGCAUGGCUUACCUUCACUCAAUGAGCAUCAUUCACAGAGACCUCAAUUCUCACAACUGCCUGGUUAAACUGGAUAACACUGUGGUUGUUGCUGACUUUGGACUGUCACGACUCAUCGUAGAAGACAAAGUCAAGCCUGCACCAGAAAAACCCUCCAACAAGAAGAGAGUGUUCAGACGUGUUGACAGAAAGAAGCGCUACACUGUAGUGGGAAAUCCUUACUGGAUGGCCCCAGAGAUGCUCAAUGGUAAACGCUAUGACGAGAAGGUGGACAUCUUCUCCUUUGGAAUUGUGCUUUGUGAGAUCAUUGGAAAAGUCUAUGCAGACCCAGAAUGCCUCCCCAGGACUCUGGACUUUGGUCUGAACGUAAGAAAGUUUGUGGAGAAGUUCCUCCCUGAAGACUGUCCACCAGCUUUCUUUCCACUGACUGUAGCCUGCUGUGACCUCACACCAGACAACCGUCCUCCAUUCCAGAAGCUGGAGGACUGGUUUGAUGCAUUGUCCCUGAACCAGGAACUGGGGAUCCCCCUGCCUGCUGAACUGGAUGAACUCCACCAGAGUUUGAGUCAGCUCCUCUGGCCUAAGAACAGCUCUCCAUCACAGAGCAAAGAAGAGCCAUCCACCCAAACAGCAGCCCCUACAGAUUCUCCCAGCAUGACGAACAAUGGCACCUAGGACCUGGGCCUCUUUGUCUGCCCCCCCCUCUGAACUGCUGCACUAACACUGUGGAUGAAAAAAAAGAGGAAAGUCGCUUUAAACCCAAGCCAUGUUAGAACUGGAUAACCUGAUGUAGCUGGAGCAGUUUCCUUCUGUGAGGACCUUAACUCCUAUGUGAGUCAAUGAACUGCAAUGUGAGUGGACAGACACAUUUCAAAAAGACUUCAAAAAGCACCACUUAACAUAUGCAGGCUGAUCUGUUUACUGUGCAAAAAGACGAUACAAAACUUUUUUUGAUCCUUUUCCAGACAGAGGACAAGCAUCUUUAUAAGGUGAGAGCAUCCAUAUGACAGCAGUUUUGUUUUUCUGAUUCUGAACUUGUUUGCCAUGUGUGGCAUGCACAGAUCAGUCAUAGAUAAUUAGAGCGCUCGCUUCAAUGCUGCAACAAAGGAAACAAAGAUGAUGACAGUUUGGCUGAUCGACAAGUCUAAGUGAAUAGAGGGCCAGCUUGAAGAACACAGGUGUGACUUCAGGUACCAGCUGAAGAAAAACACACUGACCUUUAAGCUCCUUCAGAUUUGACACAAGAAGGCAAAGGAAUGUUCCAAUUUUUUCUUUUGAGCACGAAUAAACUUAUUUUUGACAAGAUGGUUACAAGUAUAGUUCUGUACUUUGUAGUCACAUGAUGUAAAGAAAUUUCUUAGAUUGAUGAACGAACACUUUAGAUUUUUUUGUUUACCACACUGACAUUUCGUUCAUAGUUCCUCUCAAACAUCUGAUACAGGAAAGUUGGUGUUAUUAGUACUCGUGAGACACAAUCAUGCACGACUUCACCAUGAAAAGUUGCUUUGUACAGAAGAACUAGAUUUGUUUUCUUAAGCAGUGUAUAUAGAUGUGUAAAUAGUCAACCUCCAACUGGAGGUUAUUUUCUAAUGGGAACUCCAGAUUUGUAGAUUUUUAGACAUUUCGUCAACAAUGGACGUUUUUGCCAUUUUGCUCUGAUCAUGCAAGGUACUGACGACUAGUUGUAACCACCAUUAUUUAUAUCACUGUAGUGUUUCAUAAAUAAAGCUUCUGAAAGUUGGA